AUGAACAAGCUGGUGGGAUCAGUGGCCUUGGGCCUAGCCCUCAGCCCUAUGGUGAUGGCUCAUGGAGAUCAUCACAAGCUCCCAGACGGAAAAGUGAUCUCGGGAGAACCUCUGGAUACUACGCUAUGGAUUCACAUCCUGCUGAUGACUCUGGCGUUUGGCAUCAUCUUUCCAACCGGCAUGGUUCUGGGCAUCGUCCGGUCUCGAUACCAUGUUCCCGUUCAAGUCGUCGGUACCGCGGUGGCUAUUCUCGCGUACUUUCUUGGCCAUCUUCACAAGGGUCGCCAAUUUGCUCCGAACAUCCAUGCCUCAUUCGCCAAUUCCCUUAUGCUCAUGCUUGUUGUCCAGGUCAUUUUGGGCGUAUACCUCAAACUUCACAUUGAGAAGGGAUUCCAUGGCCGAAUUCGCAAAUAUGUGGUUGUCACGCACGGAGUCGUUGGAAAAGUUAUGCCACUUGUGAGCUGGAUCCAGAUGGUUUUCGGUGGGAUUACGGCUCUUGGAUUCUGCCGAGAAGACCAUCUUGGUCAGUGUCUUGCACAUUUUAUCAUGGGAAGCGCUUUCAUCGCAUACGGCAUCAUCCUUACCAUUCUACUGCUUGUUGGGCAGUUCUGGUUACGCCAGACUGGACGAAGCCAGGAAUUCUUUGACUCGGCUGUCAUUACUGCCUGGGGUCUUGUUAAUACCUUCACUGAGCACCGCUGGGGAUCCGAAUGGAGUCAUAGUGAUAUGCAACACACCACCAUGGGUAUCAUUUGGUGGUGUGCCGGUCUUCUAGGAAUGUGGUUGAGCAGAAAACGAAACGGACGUCCAAAGCGGAAUCUUUUCCCAGCAGUGGUCAUUCUGCUCACCGGAUAUGCCAUGUCCUCCCAUGCACAGCAUUUGAUGCUCAGCACCAUGGUCCACUCUGUAUUCGGAUACACUCUGAUGGCCGCUGGUGCAGCAAGAAUUAUUGAGAUCUCCUUCGUCCUCAAGGACCGCAGCACGCUUAGCCCAGAUGGCACUGACCCAAACAGCUUCCAGUAUCUCACUCCAUACCUCCUUUUUGCCUCUGGCUUCAUCUUCAUGGGAGCCACAGAAGAACAGAUGCAGCUUCUACACGAUGCUGGAGUUGGCCAUGUCUCAUACCUCCUUAUCCUCUACAGUUUGGCCUGUCUCCUCUUCCUCUUCGUGAAUGUACUUCUCCACAUUUAUGCAGUUCAUACUUGGCCCGAGUCUGCAGUGUACACCCGACAUCGCCCUAGCCAUAUGCCCGGCCGGUACCCGCACCAUGCCAGAGCCCCGACGGCCAACUUUGGGCUUGACGGAGCAUCCCCAAAUGCAGACAUGCACAGCGGAAUGAACGGUGGAAUGAACGGCGGUAUGAGUGCUGCUGCCCAAGAACGUAACAUCCGCGAUGCACAAGAAUUCGAGCUCGAAGGCCUUAUCGGCGCUGCUGAUAAGGACCGUGGUGAGGAAGACGCUCCAGCCAACGGAGCCGUCAAGCUCUAA